UUGGUUGGUUGAGAGCUCUGCUUCAGUCAGUCCCUCUUCUUCUUCAUCAUCACCAAAAAACCAACAAGAAGAGGAACAGAGGAUAAAGGAAAAAAUAAAAAUAAUUCCUUUAUUCCGAUAAUAGCCUCAACCAUGGCAGCAUCUUCAUCACUUACAGUAUCACAAGCCCUAGUUGGCAGAAAAAUCUCUGGUAUUAACACUUCCUCGCGUUCUCAAUCAUUACCUGGAUUCAGUCUAAGUACUUUAUCAGGAAGAACAUUGAAAUCUUCAUUGAUAUCAUCGAUUGCAUCAUCAAGAUCUAAUCGGGUUAAUACACCAUCGUUAGCGAGAUCUUUGGUGGUUCGUGCUGCAGCUGUUGAGACUUUGGAAAAGACAGAUACAGCAUUAGUUGAUAAAUCAGUGAAUACUAUUAGAUUUCUAGCAAUUGAUGCUGUUGAGAAAGCUAAUUCAGGUCAUCCUGGUUUACCUAUGGGUUGUGCACCCAUGGGUCAUAUUUUGUACGAUGAAACCAUGAGAUAUAACCCUAAGAACCCUUACUGGUUUAACAGAGAUAGAUUUGUUCUUUCUGCUGGUCACGGUUGUAUGUUGCAGUAUGCUUUGCUUCAUCUUGCUGGUUAUGACAGUGUUACGACAGAAGAUUUGAAGACUUUCCGUCAGUGGGGAAGCAAAAUCCCUGGUCACCCUGAGAACUUUGAGACUCCCGGUGUUGAAGUUACUACAGGUCCCCUUGGACAAGGUAUUGCUAAUGCUGUUGGAUUGGCACUUGCGGAGAAGCACUUGGCUGCCCGUUUCAACAAGCCUGACAGCGAGAUUGUUGAUCAUUACACGUACUGUAUUCUUGGAGAUGGAUGUCAAAUGGAGGGAAUUGCAAAUGAAGCUUGUUCGCUAGCUGGACAUUGGGGACUUGGAAAGCUGAUUGCUUUCUACGAUGACAACCACAUCUCUAUUGAUGGUGACACAGAGAUUGCUUUCACAGAGAGUGUAGAUACCCGUUUUGAAGGUCUAGGAUGGCACGUAAUUUGGGUGAAGAAUGGCAACAAUGGUUACGAUGAAAUUCGUGCUGCCAUCAAGGAAGCAAAGGCUGUCACAGACAAGCCCACUUUGAUCAAGGUGACUACCACCAUUGGUUUUGGUUCUCCAAACAAGGCCAACUCAUACGCCGUACACGGUGCUGCAUUGGGUUCCAAAGAGGUUGAUGCCACAAGGAAGAACCUUGACUGGCCAUUUGAGCCUUUCCACGUGCCAGAGGAUGUUAAGAGCCACUGGAGCCGCCAUACUGCUGAAGGCGCUGCCCUGGAAGCUGAAUGGACAGCUAAAUUUGCAGAGUACGAAAAGAAGUACUCAGAGGAUGCUGCAGAAUUUAAGUCCAUCAUGACUGGUGAAUUCCCUGCUGGUUGGGAGAAGGCUCUUCCUACUUACACUCCAGAGAUCCCAGCUGAUGCCACCAGAAACCUAUCCCAGACGUGCCUUAAUGCACUUGCUCCAGUCCUCCCCGGUCUUAUUGGUGGUAGUGCAGAUCUUGCUUCCUCCAACAUGACCUUGAUGAAAAUGUUCGGAGACUUCCAAAAGGCCACUCCAGAAGAGAGAAAUGUUCGAUUUGGUGUCAGAGAGCAUGCUAUGGGGGCCAUCUGUAACGGAAUUGCUCUUCACAGUCCUGGUUUUGUCCCCUACUGUGCAACCUUCUUCGUUUUCACCGAUUACAUGAGAGGUGCCAUGAGAAUUUCAGCUUUAUCUGAAGCUGGAGUCAUUUACGUCAUGACCCACGACUCUAUUGGUCUUGGAGAGGAUGGUCCAACUCAUCAGCCCAUCGAGCAUUUGGCAAGCUUUAGAGCCAUGCCUAACAUUCUUAUGCUCCGUCCCGCUGACGGAAACGAGACUGCAGGAUCAUACAAGGUUGCAGUUGAAAACAGAAAGAGACCCUCAAUUCUUGCCCUCUCACGUCAAAAGCUUGCAAACCUUCCAGGAACCUCCAUUGAAGGAGUCGCCAAGGGAGGUUACACAAUAUCAGACAACUCUACAGGUAACAAACCAGAUGUCAUCUUGUGUGCUACUGGUUCAGAAUUAGAAAUUGCUGAAAAGGCCGCUGGUGAGCUCAGGAAGGAAGGAAAGGCAGUUAGGGUUGUUUCUUUUGUUUCCUGGGAAUUAUAUGACGAGCAGACCGACGAAUACAAGGAGUCUGUUCUUCCAGCUGCCGUCACUGCUAGGGUUAGUAUUGAGGCAGGUUCAACAUUCGGAUGGCACAAGAUUAUCGGAAGCAAAGGAAAGGCUAUUGGUGUCGACGGUUUCGGAGCAAGUGCGCCUGCACCAAUUAUAUACAAAGAGUUCGGCAUCACAUCAGAGGCCGUUAUCGCAGCAGCUAAAUCAGUUAUGUAGAUUGUUUUCUUUGUCCUUUUUUCAGCUGAAGCUUAUUUGUCAUUUUGGUUUUUGGAUUUCUGCUCUUCCAAAUUUAGAAGUGACACCGGAGGAGAGAGGCCUGUCUUUAAGAGUAAUUCGAGUUCAGAAAAACAGCCUCGUGAACGAAUUAUAAUAAUAAUUAUAAAAAGAAUCAAAAAAGCUUCCCUGUUUCGUCCACAGUAGUUUGUAUCUUCACAUUAACUGAUGAAUCAGAGUUGUCUUAUUGAAAUUCAUGAGAAACAAAAUAAUGUACCUUCUUUUCACAGUUUCUCUUAUAGGAUCCAUUUGUUUUAUAUCAAUUUUAUGCACAAUUUCUACA